CGGCCCGCGCCGCCUCCCUCCGGUGCGGUGACCUCGGCCCGGCCGGCCUGGGCUGCACUGGCCCCGAGGGGGGAGCCCGCCAGGGUUAGCCUCGCUCUUCCCGAGGCGGAUCAGUUAGGCCACGAAACGUUACAUUCAUUUUUCUGGAUAUGCCGCAGAAGGAUCCGUGCCAGAAGCAAGCCUGUGAAAUACAGAAAUGUUUACAAGCCAACAACUACAUGGAGGCAAAGUGUCAGUCUGUCAUCCAGGAACUGCGCAAGUGCUGUGCACGGUACCCCAAGGGAAGAUCACUCGUCUGUUCAGGAUUCGAAAAAGAAGAGGAAGAAAAGCUGGCGCUGAAGUCCAAAUCCAAGUAAAGUUCUGCUGAGAAGUUAAAAUGCUGCUCUACAUGUCCACCAAGCAAGCAUUAUUUCUCCUCUUACUCAGGCCAAGUAGCAGCAAAGAUCAAAUAAAAAAAAGUUAACUCUAAAAAUUAAUGAAUAUGCCAUCCUUGCAGAACAAAAACAAAUAUGUAGAAUGUAAAAAAAAUGGGCUGCUAAAAUAAACCUGUUAAUUGAAAAUGUU